UGCAUCAUCUCGUUUUUCAGUUAACUUAUCAAAUUCAGUGAAUAUCUACAUGUAUAUUGGUUUUUUGUUCUGUAGUCUUUAGUAAAAAACAAUGGCUUUUCAUGUAAAAUUUAAAGUUCCUAAGGUGUUGAAAUCAGUGAAGUAUUCUUUAGCGGCUGUCAAUGGGGUUUUUAUGCUGACAGGGUUCCUGCUCCUCUUCGUGGGUAUAGCAGUGCUGGUAAUAUUCUCAGAGUACAAUGAGCUCAUCACGAAGCGCUUCUCCAACGUGGCAGGGUUCGUGGUGGCGACUGGCGUCAUCAUCCUGCUGGGGUCUGGGCUGGGUUUCUACAGCGCGAUCUCGCAACAGUUCUAUUUUGUUGCCGGGUCGAUAUUACAGUAUGUGGUGCUGCUUCUGGUGACGCUGAUCUUCGAGAUCUCGAUGAUGAUAACUGCCUUCAAGCUGAGCAACGACGCUGCGACAGAGAUCAGGACCCCGAUGCUGCAGAGCCUACAACUAUAUAAUAAUAGACUGGAUAUUACGAAGAUGUGGGAUGAUUUACAGAUGGGAUUCGAGUGCUGCGGUGUAGCUGGCCGUUUCGACUGGGUGUCCAGCCAGAUCCCCAUCACUUGCUGCCACAUCGACUACGGCACUAUCUCGCCGUUCGAGUGCAACACUAACAACGCGUAUACCGUCGGAUGCGCCAGCGCACUGGGCGAGUGGCUGGCGUACAACGCUUCUGUAAUCGCCAUUACUGCGUUGGUCACUUCUUGCUUGCAGGUCAGUUAUGUGCUACUGUCAAUCAUGGGAGGCUACCUAGCUUACAGAUCGAAGUUCGAAGUGGUUGAAUUGGAGUCAUAAGUAUUGUAAUUAAUAUAAGUUUUGUUAAAUGUAUUUAAAUUAUACCUAAAUAAUAAAUAUUUAACUAGUAUAAGGAUGUGUUAGCCUUCAUUUCGCAUCAAUGCCCAGUUUUUUGUCUUUUUUUUGUCUACGUUUAUCAAGUAAACUAAUUAUCAACAGGUGAAUGAAAUAAAUUGUUAUUUAGUAAUUAUGAGAAUUGUACAAAUAAAAAGUUAAAAUUUUUCAACAACGUGCAAAGGAGGAGUUUAUCUACCAAAUGAUAACAAAAAGUAAAAAGUACAUAAACAUGUUAAAGUGUUACACAAAAAUAUAUUUCAGUCAAGUAAAUAUUUCUUGGAAAACUACACCAUGCAUGAUUUUCCUUAUUUCCUUUUUUUCGUCGUGUCAGAUAAACAAAUAAUGCACGUCUUCAAGAAAGACAGCUGAAGACGUCAAUUCCUGUCGUCUACACUAUAUGAAUAAAUUAUAUAGAUUAUAAUGGAAAUUAAAUUGUUACUGCGAG